ACGGAGAGUGUGAAGCAGAUGACAUGUGGUCAACCGGCCACGCUGGCCGGCACACGUAGCAUCCAUGAUCCAUGUGCCACGCUUCAUCACGGGGCCCUUCAAGCCGAACUCGCUCUUCUUGGAGGACGCGGAAUAUGGGAGAGCACUGGAUGCCUUAGUGAAAGCUGUGUCGGACGUCCUCAUCACCUCGCCGGACGGCGGCCGCAUCUUCUUGGGGAGGCGGAAGGUGCACCCUCAACCAGAUUGGUGGUACAUGGGUGGACGUGCCAAGCCUGGUGAGACCCCGCAGCAGGCGGCCGCGCGUGUGAUGCGGCGGGAGUUGGGAUUGCAGCUGGCGCCCGCGCGCUUUGAGGUCAUUGGAAGCUAUUCCAUGAUCUGGGCCAUGCGCGAGCAGCCUCCCGCUGAGCACGGGACCGCGGCAGGGCCUCCUGGAAUCCUCAAAAACAUCAUCGCAGCCACAUGCAUAGGUAGAUAUUAGCACUGUGCACCACUUGGUCAUCCAGCCCGAGGAGGAGGCGGCCGUGCAGAUUGACGAGAAGGAGUAUGCGGAGUCCCGGUGGUUUCAUCCGGAGGAGGUCUUGAAGGGCGAAUUUCACCCGAUCCUGAAGCAGGCCCUGAGAGACUUGCAGGCCAAGACCACUUACAAGGCCCUGCAGCAGGCAGUCCAGCAGGGUGAUGAGGACUCCCGCUUGGCCACCUUGGCGCGCGCGUUUGUAGCGGCUGCGCAGGAGUCCAUGUUGCCCGCUGAGCGGGGGG